AUGGGUCUCAGAUCUCUCGUCUCGUUCGGCUUUGUGCUCAUCCCUAUAGCUGUCACCAUCAGCGUGCUGCUCGGAAUACAAGCAUAUCGCGAAUCCAAAGGACUACCUUCAAACCCCUUUGUGGACAACUCGAUCAAAUCAUCAUUAUAUUGUCAAAAGGCUUUCGGUGUCACUCCGUAUACAAACGGCCAGCAGUACACAUUUUGGGCAUGGCUUUGGGCUCCCUGGCAAGGAUCCGCUAUCUGCAGGGAUUUUGUCCGGUUCUCCCAACCUGGAUAUGCCUUCCGACCUCCGACAUUGAUCGGCCAAAAUGACACCGGCACCAAUCAUUGUUCGUCGAAUGUUAAGUCUGACGUGGCCAUUCUUUAUAGGAACCCGAAUCAGUGGGCUCUUCCAGAUGGCUAUACUGGACCAGGAGGGUUGUGUAUGAAUGUUACGACAUUCGAUAACGGGAGCUAUCCGACAAAGACCUCGGCCGCAGAGUGGUCGAUCACUUGGCAGUUUCCUCGUGGGCCCCCGACCCAGCCCGUUCACGCAUUCCCCAACAUCAAACUGGACUCGACCGUUUUCCCGAUUGAAAUCUCGCAGGUCUCAGCCAUCAACUUCGAGACUGAAUGGUACUAUGGAGUCGGCGAUGACAGGCCCAAUGUCCUGAAUGUCGCCGACCUAACUGCUGCUCAACUUGACGCCAAUGUCGCCGUCGACAUGUUUUUGGACUCGGAUCCCAAGAAGGCCACCGACACCGUGCAGGCCAAGUAUGAAGUCAUGAUCUGGCUUGGGCAAUUUGGAGCGUCGACCCAGCAAAUUGGUCUACCACAAGGAGCAAUCGCAACACAGGUUGUCAACGGAACGACUUUCUCCUUAUAUUCCGGCGUGAAUGGUCUGGGCCAAAGCGUUCUCACGUGGGUUGCAAGCAAUGCUGCGGGUGGAGUUCAGACCUUCAACGCGGAUAUAGGUCCAUUACUUCAAGGUCUGACCGGGUUGGGAGGCCCUACUGUGAAUGACUAUCUCGGCUAUAUUGCGUUCGGCUCUGAAGCCCUUGAUUCGGCGUCCAAUGUCACUUUCUACAAUAAGGUCCUAUCCAUGGAUGUGGUCUCGUGA